UUCACCGCCAAGCGCGCGAGGCUGACCGCAGCACUUCCUAGAGGCUGAGGGACGGGAGCGCGUUCCGCGGGGACGUGCACGGAGGGGAAGUGGAGAGACGGAAGAAAGAACGUUGAAUAAACUUGCCAACUUCUAACUGACAGGCUAGAAAUACAGUCAGUGACUAUGUUACAGCGGAAUUGGCGACUUAUUACGAUAUAAAUUCAGCCAUCUAACCAAACGCCCUGUCUACAUUCAGUCACCGCUGUCUCUACUCGACCAGCGGGCUCCGGCAGUUUUCAAACAGACUUGCUCAACCGACCCGGAGCCGUCCACCGAAACAAAGUCACAUUUAGCCGCCGGUAAAGUGGUGUAAGAACCAGUCAGAAUUACUGGCGAGACACACAGCCAGCUCGCUGCCUCGGCGGGAUUCGAGCUUUUUCUCCUUGUGGGAAAAGUUGUCCACGACGGUAGUGGUGGUGGUGGUGGUGGUGGAGCCGCAGACGAGGCCUGCAUUUGAGGAGGCUGCAUGUGUGAAGACCUCAGCUGGCGAGGAGUGACUCACACGGCGUUAGUUAGCUAAACACCCAGACAAACAUGUCGGCCCAGGCGCAGAUGCGAGCGAUGCUGGACCAGCUCAUGGGGACGGGGAGAGACGGAGACACCAUGCGGCAGAGAAUCAAAUUCACAGAUGAGCGGGUCUGCAAAAGUCAUCUUUUGGAUUCAUGUCCUCAUGACAUUCUGUCAGGCACCAGAAUGGACCUGGGAGAGUGUAUGAAAGUCCAUGACCUGGCUCUCAGAGCAGACUACGAGAUUGCCUCCAAGGAGCAGGAAUACUUUUUUGAACUUGAUGCUGCUGAACACCUUCAGUCUUUUAUUGCAGACUGUGACCGCAGGACUGAGCUGGCCAAGAAAAGACUAGCCGAGACGCAGGAUGAGAUCAGUGCAGAAGUGGCUGCAAAGGCUGAACGUGUCCACGAGCUGAAUGAAGAGAUCGGGAAGCUUCUGGCCCGGGCAGAGCAGCUCGGGGGUGAGGGGAACGUAGAUGAAGCCCAGCAGCUGCUGGAAAAGGUGGAGAAGACCCGGGCCUUAAAGAAAGAAGCAGAGGAUGUGUACAGAAACUCAAUGCCAGCAUCCAGCUUUCAACAACAAAAACUAAGGGUGUGCGAGGUGUGCUCGGCCUACUUGGGUCUCCAUGACAAUGACCGUCGUCUGGCUGACCACUUUGGGGGCAAACUGCACCUUGGCUUCAUUCAAAUCCGUGAGAAGCUUGAAAAGCUAAGGAAAGCAGUUAUAGAGAAACAAGAGAGAAUGCGAAUGAGAAGACGGGAGGAACGCGAGAGAGAAGACGAAAGAGAGCGACAGUGGGAGAUGGAGCGGGAGCGAGAGCGAGAGCGGGAAAGAGAGCGUGAAUGGGAAAGAGAACGAGAGAGGGAGAGGGAGCGUAGGAGGUCAAGAUCUAGAAGUGGAGACCGUUACAGGGAUGGAGGCAGUUCAUCCUCCCAUCGUUCAAGACGCCACCACUCCUCUCGUUCCAGAGAGGAAGGUGGUGAUCGGGAUCGAGAGAGAGAGAGGAAACAUCGACACAAGGACAGACAUCGCUCACGCUCCCACUCUCACAGGCGUAAAAGGAAGAGAUCCUCCAGAGACAGAUCGUCGCACACCCGUGACAGAGAGCGCUCGUUGUCCCAGGAGAGAUGGAGAGAGGGUGCGGGAGAGGGAUUGCGUGACGACAGGGCGGACUACAGAGACUGGGAAGACAGGGAGAGGUCCACCUCCCCGGACACGGCCAGGGGCAGGGAACGAGAAAGAUCCCUGUCGUACGAGCGGGACCGACGCUCCAGCUCCGAGGAGCGAGAGUCCGGGGAGAUAUGAACAGGAGGGGAUGCCUCCAAAGUCUUUGAUUUGGAUACAUUGUUUAGUUAAAGGAGCAUGGAGAGAUGACAGCGUGUUGGUGCAGGUGUGUGUGUGUGUGCGUGCAUGUGUGCGUGCGUGCGUGCGUGUGAGUGAGUGGGUCGGCUUUGUAUGUGUGUUCAUGUUAAAAGUGGGAUAUGUACAUUAGAGCAGCGGUGAUCGGUGGAAACUUAACAAGGGGAUGAGGGAACAGCUUCGAUGGUGGCAGUCAGGGAGACCUUCAAACCAACUUUUAUAAAACUCUGAAUUGUGAGGCUAGAGUGACCUGGAAGCAUUAGAGUCAUAUUUUUAUGCCAUCUUGUCAAUCUUAUGUACAGUUGACAGUGAUCAGAGAUGACUUAGUCUGUUUUUAUUUUACUCACAUGAAGUGCUGUUAUUUUUUUAUCAUUAGUUGGACCUUUCAUGUUAUUACUGUUUUUUCCUGUUCCAUUAGGAAUCUAUCACUUUCAGUAGAUGUGGAUUUAUUUAAACGGGUUGGACUCAUUGAUGUGGCAUAACCCUCGCAGUGAUGUUUGAAAUGAGCUGUGAAUAACUGAAGGCACUUCUGAUGUUUGUGUUUAUUUGCUGCCUUCAAGCCAUAACAAUCACAUUUGGGGAAUCCGAUACACAUCCUUGAGCCUGAUUUUAAUUCAAGAUACAGUGAUGGGGUCAUACUUUGAAAAUAAACUCACUUGUUCCCCAGAAAGAAGUCCUCCAAAUAUUUCCACUCAGUUCCUGACAUGUGAGAGCAUAUAGAUGAUGUGCAUAUUUACAUACUGACAGUUUAAGGCCCAGGGACCUGUGUCCUGCUUGCUGUGAUAAAACCUGGAUGUAUGGGGAGGGAUUUACUUUGCUGUGCCACCAUAGAGUGAAUAAAACUUUCUGCUUCCAUUCAAACACAAAGUGUUUUACAGAUUUCUCUUUA